AUGGCAGCAAAGAUUGUGUAUCUAGAUAACCCUAAAGCCGGGAGCGGUUGGAAAGUUGUUCAGAAGAUGGAUCAAAGGAACAUUUAUGCUAUACCAAAACUAGGCCCAACUGACAACGAUGUCAACAACAUCGCUGUCCAACAUUUCGAAUCUUCAAUGAAAAAUGAUGCGACUAAAGAGUUCGCCUCCCCCGACUCAGCCGUCAGCUGCCACUGCUCCAGCCCAGUUGGUCCCAAGGUGCCCCAUGCACCAACGUCAUCAGCGUUAUUAGUGGCACAACCUGUUAGCACUAGGCAUCGUCACCGGCCCGCCAGCACCACUAACACCAUAUCGAUAGACGCUACUAGUGCAUCGGGGUCACAACCACCCAAGAAGAACACCCAGUGGCCGUCUCGGCAGUUGAAGACGGCGAAGGUCACCUGGGUGACCAACAAUCGUAUCAACAUCGGAUACGACGAGCGGCAUCGGAUUGCACCAACAUCGGAAUUGCAUAGCUUAUUGGCCCACGACAUUGGUCACGUCGUUCGAACCCAUUGCCCGAUGCAAUGGAAGUCUUGGAAGGUCAUGCCUGACGAGAUCAAGACGGAGGUGCGCGGACAGUUGUCGACAAUGAUUGAAAUAUCGGCCGAUACACCGAUAUAUCUGCCGAUAUAUCGGUAUUUUCAACUGUCGACGCCGAUACAGGGGGACAAUAGGGAGCUCAAAAGAGACCUAUGCGCACCAUGUUCAAACAUGGCUUAUAAACUGCUCGAGUUACAUGACUUGACAAACUACAAUUUAGAGGACCUCGACGACGAGUCGUUGGCGUACAUCAAUAGACUCGGUGCUGAGAAGUACAAGCAGUGGAAGAGCGACUUGCACCACCAUUUUCAGGCAUUUGAUGAUCUGCAGGGCGUGGCUCUGCGCUCAUUUUCAGGCGCCCGAUUAUGUGGGGGGUCCAAAUUCCCAGAGAUCGACGUCUUUGGCGACAUUUAUGUUCGACCUGGGAAUGAGUUGGGCGAGUCCCUUCAUGAGUCCGCCUCCCAACUUCCUCCCGAUACUCCGCUCGAGUCUAUGGAUCCUCCACAAGAUGCUGGGUUCCAGAUCUUGACGGAGACGUUGGAUCAGACUCUCGGGAGGAGGUUGGGGACAUAUUGUAAAGGGAUGGGAAAUGGCCGGCGGAGGGAACCUAGGUCCCGUUCAUCGUCGCAAUCAAAUAGUCAGGUGACUGCUUUGACAGCAAAGGUGGCCGAGCUUCAGGGUCAGAUGUCUGUGCUUCUAGAGUCCCUCACUCGGUUCGGCAUUCCAGUCUCGCAUUUUGAUCCCUCGUCAACCUCCAAGCUCGUCCAACCCGAGCAUGGCCACCAGACCUUUGCCCUUGUAGACAAUGUCCAGACCUCCGAGCCGCAUUUGCCAGACGACCAAGUAGAUUUUGGAACUUUGUUUGAUUAG